AUGCCGCUGCACGCGCGGGCGAGACGCGUUGUUUCGCGUCUCGCGGCGCUUUCGCUGCCGUGGGAAGACCUCCCGAUUGGCGUUGCAUUACCGCUCAAGUAUGCCGUGUACGUGACGACGCACUUCCCCGACGCGGCGCUGUGCCCGAACGAGUGCCGCCUUGUGAACCGAGCUGACUUGCUCCCAGAGCACGAUGUGCCGCCGUGUGCGCUUCCAUUGAUCGACAAGGACAGUUUGGACGCAUCCAGAGACAAUGACGACGGGUUUACCGAUGUCGUCCUUGCGAGUCAGCCGCUCUUCCCUAAAGACCAGCGGCUCAAGGAGGUCUGUCGACUCCUGCGCUCCAACAAGCCCAUGCUGCUCAAGGUCCAACGCGAGGCGCACCAUUCGGACGCGGACGUGCUCUCGCUGCAGCAAGCACGACUGCUCUUGCUCUGUAAGCGCUCCAUGAGCUUGUCGGUCGCGCGUGGGAUGGUGACGCUCGGGAGCUUGACCGCGCAGCAGUCGUCGGCGUCGCCGUACACGGCGCGGCUGUCCAUCCCGCAGCUGCCACUCACAGCGCGUGUGUCGGGCACGAAUGCCAAGACGGUCCUCGAUAUCUCAGGUUACAAGGAGAUUACGCAUUGGCCGCAGUUCCACAAUGGUGUCGCGACUGCCUUGCGGCUCUCGCCACAUGACCGCGUGACGGUGCAGUGGGUGCUCUCCCACCAGCCCAAGCCGAAUGCGGACGAGUCGGACGAAGCCGUCCGCUUGUACGAAGAAGCGUGUGCGGGCCACGCGGGGUUUCUCUUUGGUUUGGGUCUCCAAGGCCAGCUGCAGUGCCAGUCGCCGACAACGACGUACAAGUACCUCUCGCUUGGCGACGAGCUCACGUCCGUGGGCUUUCUCCUUGGCACGGCCGCGAGCACUCUCCAUCACCCCAAAGACAUGAACAUUGAGCGCGCGGUCUCCAAGAUGCUCUCGAUGCACAUUCCGUCGCUGUGGCCACCGUCCUUUGCGCAUUUGCAUGUGCCGGCGUCGGCUCAAACCGCCGCCAUCAUGGGCCUCGGGCUGCUCUACCAAAGCACGGGCAACCGGCUCAUGACCGGAAUUCCUCCUCACGGAAAUGACCCAAGGCCUGUAUUGACAAGUGCCGGAGCCACGUCGGGCACGACCGCGACGCCGUCGACCGAGGCCGUUCACAUCGAGCCGACGCGCGCGUGGGUGAUCAACAAGCAACUACCACCGCCGCUUCGACCGACGGGACUGCUGCACUGGGCCGCAAUCGACGACGGCGGCGAUCCAGCAACGAUCCAAGAGGCAUACGCCAACGUUAUUGCUGGCGCGUGCUUCAGCAUUGGCUUGAAGUUUGCGGGCACGCAUCACCCAGACGCCAAGCGCGUUCUCAUGAGCUUCCUGGACGAGUUCCAGCUCUGGCGCGCCAAGCUCGGGCGGACAGCCGACGUGAGCCGCGUGACGCUCGAGCGUGUUCUCGGAACCAUUGCGCAGUCGCUUGCGCUUGUCAUGGCCGGCACGGGGGACCUCGAGUGCAUGCGCCUCCUGCGGUCGCUUCUCUUGCGCCAAAAGGUCGACGCGCACGGCGACAUUACGUAUGGCAACCACAUGGCCAUGAGCUCGGCGCUCGGCCUUCUCUUUCUCGGUGGCGGUCGUUGCUCCGUCCGCACGCCGACGCUGCUUCCCGCGCGAAGCAUGCUGCGCCGGCUCGAGACGGCCGCGAAUGAUCAUUUUCCGAUCGUCGUCGACUGGAGCACGACCGACGACAGCCGCGCAGGGCUCUUGGAGCAGCAAGGCGUCUUGCGCAUCAAGCGCAAGCUGGGCGCCGAUGCGCCGCGCGCGACGUUCUUCGCGUCCUUUUCAAAACUCUUUGCCACCGUGUUGACACAGGCGUCGGACGCCAUGUGGAUUGCUUUCUGUGCGCGCCUGUACGAGGAAUGCAAGCGCGAGAACAAGCCCGACUGCGUCGCCGUCUAUCUGAACGCCAAGCGCUGCGAGGUCGAUGUACUCGAGCACCGCAUCACGCACACGCUGCUCGUCGCCAACCUCCAGCUUGUGCAGCUGCACAUGGAGCUCGACGCGCACAUGUUUCAAGCCCGUGACGACGCCUCGGCCGAGCCGCACGAUGUUGGGCGCCUUGCGCAGCUCGUGAACGAGGACUUUACCCUCGGCUACAGCAACGCGCUCUUGGCGUUCUUCGAGCAAUUGGACAUCUCCAUCGAGACAAACGAAGCACCCACGUCGCUCCUGCAUGCCGCCUACCGUCGAUACCUCGGGUCCCCGCUUCUCGCCCAGCUUGAAUAG